CGCAGGGUGGGAGGCGGCCAGGCCGGGGGGGGGGGGGGCGGCGGCUCUGCGCAGCUGGGAGGGCGGAGCCGAACGAGCCCCGGGCUUGAGGGGGGAGACCAUGGGCGGCUGAGGGGAGCCGCGUCCAGAGGCGGCCCGGGCGGGCGGCCAUGGCCGAGGAUUACUGGGACUCGCCAUAGCAGAAGCCGCUGCCAAGUGACACUAGCGAUUUUCCCACCAUGGAUCGGAUGAAGAAGAUCAAGAGGCAGUUGUCUAUGACGCUGCGGGGGAGCAGGACGGUAGAGAAAAACCUCAACGAGCCCAUCAACAUAGAAGAAAACAACAGCAGCGAUAAUGGCCCCACAGUGAAGAGCGUGCGCCCAGGCACCUCCCGCAGCGUUAACUCCUUCCUGCACCACUAUGCAGGCACCUUCCGCAGGCCCCGCCUGGCCAUCAGCCGCAGUCUGAGCACUCACCUCAACCGCACCGCCAGACUAGAAAUCGUCCAUGAAGACCUCAAGAUGGGCUCGGACGGUGAGAGCGACCAGGCAUCGGGGACGUCGUCAGACGAGGUGCAGUCUCCAGUCCGCGUGCGCAUGAGGAACAACCCGACGCGCAAGAUUUCCACUGAGGACAUCAACAAACGCCUGUCGCUCCCGGCUGACAUCCGCUUGCCCGAAGGCUACUUGGAGAAGCUGACCCUCAACAGCCCCCUCUUCGACAAGCCCUUGAGCCGGCGGUUACGGAGAGUCUCAUUGUCAGAGAUUGGGUUCGGGAAGCUGGAGACGUACGUCAAGUUGGAUAAGCUGGGAGAGGGGACGUACGCUACUGUCUACAAGGGAAAGAGUAAACUCACAGACAACCUGGUAGCCCUGAAGGAGAUCCGUCUUGAGCACGAGGAGGGGGCCCCUUGCACGGCCAUCCGGGAAGUAUCGCUUCUAAAAGAUCUUAAACACGCCAACAUAGUGACUCUGCAUGACAUCAUCCAUACAGAGAAAUCCCUCACGCUUGUCUUCGAGUAUUUAGAUAAAGACCUGAAACAGUACUUAGAUGAUUGUGGCAAUGUCAUAAAUAUGCACAAUGUGAAGCUAUUCCUCUUCCAGCUGCUCCGUGGCCUAGCCUACUGCCACCGUCAGAAGGUGCUGCAUCGAGACCUCAAGCCCCAGAACCUCCUUAUCAACGAAAGAGGGGAGCUCAAACUAGCGGACUUUGGUCUGGCCCGGGCGAAAUCCAUUCCCACCAAGACCUACUCCAAUGAGGUGGUGACGCUUUGGUACCGACCCCCCGACAUCCUGUUGGGCUCGACGGAAUAUUCCACGCAGAUUGACAUGUGGGGCGUGGGCUGCAUAUUCUACGAGAUGUCCACAGGACGGCCGCUUUUCCCUGGCUCCACAGUUGAGGAGCAGCUACACUUCAUUUUUCGGAUAUUGGGGACACCCAACGAAGAGACGUGGCCUGGAAUCCUGUCCAAUGAGGAAUUCCGAGCCUAUAACUACCCCAAAUAUCGCGCUGAGGCCCUGAUCAACCAUGCUCCUAGGCUGGACAAUGACGGGGCUGACCUCCUAGGCAAGCUGCUGCAGUUUGAGGGCAGGAAGCGGAUCUCUGCAGACGAGGCCAUGCGGCACCAGUUCUUCCACAGUCUGGGAGAGCGAGUCCUCAAGCUCCCGGACACCACAUCAAUAUUUGCACUAAAGGAGAUUCAGUUACAGAAAGAGACGGGGCUGAGAUCAGCGUCCCUGCCUGAAUCAGGCAGCGCCGCGUUCCAGGUAGUGGACACUGAAUUUUAGCCACCGAGUCAGUGAAUGGACAGAACGGACGACCGAGCCUGCUGCUUUGAAACCCCCCCCCCUCCCGGAUCUGGGUUGGCGGGGCAGAAAAUAAACCAGCUCCCCCACCCUGGGCACACCCCUACUGCCAGCUUCUUUGUGUCGAACUGUGGAGCGAGGACUCAGGCUGGGAAAUUUGCAGGGGUGAGGGUGGGGGUCACGAUGCCCUGGAGCCGAGGAUAAGCACCUCCUACCCCUGGCAUCAGAUGGCCAGGAACUGAUAACUCCCUCUGCUGCUCAGAUGGACCCUCCCUCGCUCGCUCUCUCACUCACACACACACACACGCAUGGUGUUUCAUUUUAUUUUUUAAGUUUUUUAUUUUUUCAAUGCGAUAUGAUAAAUAUUAUAUUUACAGAUAUUCAUAAAGAGAGACACCUCUGCUCUACCCUUUCCCGUUGCGGGGAGCAUACAGUAUUAUCUGCAAGGGAGCCCAACCCCACUUCAGCCUGAUUGGGCAGAAGGGCAGGGAGGAGAGAUGCAUGGAGGGAAAGGGGGAGAAGUAUAAGGGUCCUUAUCUGUCUAGCCAUCUUCUGCACUCAUGUAUAUCUUGCAAGUGGGGCAGGCGAGAGGUACUUUGGUUAUCUGAAAGACGAGUGGAUUCUCGCUUGGUUUGACAUCUGCCCUGUUGUCUCCCCUUCUCCUCAAGUUGUUAUUGGCUUUGGCUUGGGGUGGUAGUCUUCCUGGAAGGGAGGUGUGUUGAAAGCCCACCUGCUGGGCCAGGGGAACAGGUAUCCUUGGAGGCCUCUUUUUUGGGAGUGGUAUCCUUUUCUUCCUGUCUAUCAUCCUUUCCUGCUUGGUUAUUCAUCUUUCAUGCUGCAUGGAGUCACCCCUUGCCCCAUUUUCCUAUCUGCUUCCACUCAGAGGUGUAGUCCAUGACUCCCCGUUUUUUUCUUCACAUUUUAGUAGAGGCUUCCCCCUCCCCCUUUGCUUUCCUUUGUCUUCCUCCGAUCUGUGCCUCGCUUGGGCUCUCGGCGCACAUUUGGUCAGCUCUGUCAUCCUGGCUGCGUUAUUCCUGUUGAUCAGUCAUGCCGCUUGCAUGACUUGCUUGCUUACUCAGGGUUUGUACGUAGUCCUUUAUAGACCCGAUCCAUCGGGAACUUUUUAGGGCAAGCUCUGUUGAAAUGAAUAGGAGCCGCUGUCAAUAGGGCAUGCCCAGAAGAAAUUUCCCUCUGGAUUGGAUCUUGUUCCUGCCCUCCCCUGAUACUUAAGUCUUUGGCAAUUACGACUUGUUGCUUGGUCUCAGACGACAUUUUUUUUUUUACAGUACUCGAGACCUUUUUCUGAUAUUACAGCGUUUCUGAAGUCCUCGCUUGAUCUCUGCACAGAUCAUUUUUUUGCAGCCGCCUUGGUGAUUACUCCCAACUUUUCUUUUGGUCCAUAGUCUUCACUUUUAUUCUCUGCAGUCUGCAGCUGUUCUUGGCAGUUGCUCCUCAGUCCUUCCAUAAACCAAGUCGUCCAAGGCCCACCUCUGGCCUACGUCAAAGGUCAGCCGACAGCUGUUCUGAUGAUAACUAGCCUCCAUUUUGCUCUCUCUCAGAACACCUUAUCAAAAAGCUGAGAGUUUUGAGUAAGGGGUUAUUCAGCCCCUAUUCUAUCAAAGAGCUACUUAGAGGUUAAUUGGCCUCUUUCUCCUUUACUCAGUGAGCCUUUAUCUUAUGGUUUAACAGACACAUUCUUAACUUUUACUGCUGUAUGCAGCACUGACUCCAAGGCUAUUUGACCCUUUCACACACACACACACAUAAAAAAACCCACUUCCGUCUCCGUGACUUCUAUUUUAUUUUUUAUUUGUCUGAUGUAUGCAAUCUAUUCUUACACAAAAACUUCCCAGCCUUUAUUUAUUUAGGCUCCAAAAUCUCUGGAGAAUCCUGCCGGUAUGUAGGAAUCCUCGAGGACUUUGAUUCCCCAUCCUUCUGCCUCUCUAUUACAGAGAGAUACCUCAGAGGACAAGGGAAAUAUCUCCAGUCCCCACUCCAAAAGCUAAGCUUUUUUUAAAAAAAAUAUUGCAGUACUCUAAAUGCAAACGUAUUGCAGCUCCCCAGGCGGUCAAGAUUGUUUCUGUAGGUCAGAGCCCAGAGUCCUGGGUGGAUGGAAUUCUAGGAUGCCGAUCCACUCCCGCCUUUUGUUGUCUUUGCACGUAUAGACAAGGUGGCACCCAGCCUUCCUCCCUUCAAUCAUGGCCUAUAUAUAUAUAUAUGUAAUUUGUGUGUUUGUGUGUAUAUAUGUACAUAUGUAACCAUUUUUAUAUGCAGCAUGAAACGCUUGUAAGGUUCAAAAAAUACCUCCCCUCCCUCCUGUUAGAGC